AUGGAGCCUAUCAUCUCCACUAAGGGCAAACUCGCCCAGCUCAGGUACGAGCUUCCGCACCGCGCUCACGAUGCCAAAAUCUAUCCCACCAAAGCCCCAAACGGCUCUACCAUUAUUCUCUAUGGGCAUGCAACGGGCGUAGGCAUACUGUGGAGGGGCGGUCGGCCGCUCAAACAAGCCCUGCCGCCGCCGAAGCAGCCUGCGAAACCUACAAAGGUCAAUGGAACCUCUAACGACGUAAUAAUGAUCAUAGAUUCAGACGACGAGGCGCCGCCCGGGCAGUCCGCUCCACAACCACCAGAAGAGGCAGAAUUCGAGUCCGAAGACGAAGAGCUGGACCCCGACGCGCCGUAUCCGACCAUCAUCCAGCACCUGCGUCUGUCGCUGAAUACUGAAGUCCUGCACAUUGCCAUUCCUGAUAUCCCCGCAGUCUCAUCAACACGACUGGCAGAGUCAUUCCCUGCUAUCUUCGGCAAGAAAAUUGUCUUCGUCGUGGCUUGUGCCGACUACAGCAUCCGUAUUGUCACGUUGCCGCUAAGCCCACCCUCUGCUGCUACAAAAGACGCGCCUUUGAACUCCGCAUCUCCGUGGGGCGAAGACAUAGCCAAAAUUGGCAGCCACACUGGACAUCAAAGUAUACCACGUGGUGUCACUAUAACAUGGACGUCCCGCGCAGAACCAACCUUUGACGAGAGGGCCGACGAUGACAUGGAGGCCGACCCAGAGGAAGACCCUGCGGCGACACCGAGGAGACGGCGGUCGCCUCGGAAGCAGAGCCGCUCUCGCUCACGCCGUCGUAGCGAGUCUGAGGGUUUCGAUCUGUUGAUUGCAUCUCACUCCGCAGAACUUGGCGGCCUAUUGAAAAUUUGGCGGUUUCCUCUUACGGAAACUGCAGUUACCGUUGCCAACCCUGUCUUAGCCUACCAAACCUUGAACUUACGGACACCUGCCUCUCGCGUAGUCUUCAACUCUGCUACGUAUCCAAGACGUCGCCAUUCCCAACUUCUCAUCACGGAUACUUCAGGAAUUGCCCGCAUAUACGACCCUUUCGCAAUAUCCAGCCGCCAACGACGAGGCUCUCAACUCUCCAGGAAUAUGACCGAUCCUGGCGCUUAUGUUGCGCUAUUCAGAACUGCCUUUGAAACCCUAAAAUCUGAUGUUCUUACUCCCCCAGUUCUUGCGACUCGGAAGCCUAUUAUCGACGCCGCAUGGGCGGCUGACGGCCAUCACAUUGUUGCCCUGCUUGCCGAUGGUGAAUGGGGCAUUUGGGAUUCAGAUCGGUCUGGUCCAAGCCCACCUAUUGAUCCUUCAUCUUUCUCUGUUCGAGGAUUUGUAGGAAAUGCAGAUCUCAACCGAGCCAGCAUCGCCGCAACAAGUCCAAAGACCCGAAACAGUCGGAACACUCUCGCGCCUAUGACUCCCAACACUCGUCGUGUCAAACAAGAAACCCUGUUUAGCGGAGUGGCAGCUACCUCUUCAACGCCAAGCCGCGGCGGUAUUUCCAUCGCCUCCCUACAUUCCCCUACUGGAGACGGCCCAGAAGACUCCGUCAUCAUCUGGUAUGGGUCUGAGGUCUAUAGGGUUCCGAAUCUUGCGCAAUGGUGGUCCCGCACCGCAUCUGGAGGUGGCGGUGGCUCUCUCCAUGGAUCCGGACUGUCCCGCAUUCAAGGUCUUGCACUGUAUGGGGAAGCAAUCACGGUUAUCGACCAGUUCGAUACUACGACUAGGGAUGCUAGGAUGGCAAUUCCUAGAGAUUCUCUAAUCCUCACUGACUACCGACUGAUAAUUACGGCAAGCACCGCUUCAAAACCCGGGCUUAAUCUGAUGGGGGUGUUUGAACAGGAGCGCGCCGAAGAGGAGGAGAUUAGAAAGACAGACCAAGCUCUACUAGCGAGAGGAGCGCUUGAUCUUGGAGGUAUGGACAGGUUACUUGAAGACAUGGAUGGGAGUGGAAGUGCUUCACGAACCCUUGUGCUAGGGAACUCGCGGAAAGUUCUGUUCGCUUCCUCGACGAACUGA